UCUGUGUAGACUCCCAAUCUACUUAACCAAUGUUAUUAUUUUCCGACAGAAAGUUUUGAUUACAGUACUGAUUCUGUACUUCUAUUUUGAAUGAAGUGAGGCAGGUUUAGGAACCAUGCUGGGAAAUGGAGUAGUUGGAAUCCUGUCUGAGUCUUCGAACAUGUGGGAAAGAAGAGCGCCCCUGACCCCAUCACACUGUUCUCGCCUUCUGCAUGGUGGCAGAGGUAAAACUGGAGUGGCCCGAAUAAUUGUACAGCCAUCCACAAAGCGCAUACAUCAUGAUACACUGUAUGAGGAUGUGGGUUGUGAAAUAUCAGAUGACCUCUCUGAAUGUGGCCUCAUUGUGGGGAUUAAGCAACCAAAGUUGGAGAUGAUUCUUCCUAAUAGGGCUUAUGCUUUCUUCUCCCAUACCCACAAGGUUCAGAAAGAAAACAUGUCUUUGUUAGAUAAGGUACUGGCUGAAAAGGUGUCUUUAUAUGACUAUGAACUUAUCAUCGGAGACCAUGGGAAAAGAUUGCUUGCAUUUGGAAAAUUUGCUGGUAGAGCCGGACUGAUUGACUUGUUAUCUGGGUUAGGGAAAAGAUAUCUAAAUCUUGGAUAUUCAACACCUUUCCUCUCAUUGGGUGCAUCUUACAUGUAUUCCUCGCUGGCUGCUGCCAAGGCAGCAGUUAUUUCUGUUGGUGAAGAGAUAGCCACAUUGGGAUUACCAUCAGGAAUAUGUCCACUAGUCUUUGUCUUCACUGGUUCUGGAAAUGUUUCUCAGGGAGCACAGGAGAUAUUUAAGCUUCUUCCUCACACUUUUGUUGAUGCAAGCAAACUUCCUGAAUUAUUUGCAAUGAAGUCCAGGGAUCUUGCUCAACAUACACCUGCACCAAAGAGAGCCUUCCAAGUAUAUGGCUGUCUAGUUACUUGUGAAGACAUGGUAGAACCCAAGGAUCCUACAAGAAGAUUUGAUAAGACUGACUACUAUGCUCAUCCUGAGCACUACAACCCCAUUUUCCAUGAAAGAAUAGCUCCAUAUGCAUCUGUAAUAGUCAAUUGCAUGUAUUGGGAGAAAAGGUUCCCCCGGUUGUUAAGCACCAAGCAACUUCAAGAGUUAAUGAGAAAUGGAUGCCCACUUGUUGGCAUUUCGGAUAUAACUUGUGAUAUUGGAGGCUCAAUAGAGUUCGUUAACCAAAGUACAUCAAUAGAGAGUCCUUUCUUCAGGUAA